CCCGCCGGAGCCGGGUCCCAGCCCCAGCCGAGCCCCAGCCGAGCCCCAGCCGAGCCGAGCCGGGGCGCGCCAGGCGUCUGCAGCCAUGCUGGCCCGCUGUGCCGCGCGCACCUGUGCGCUGCUCACCCUGUGCCUCCUGGGCAGCCGGGCCCAGGAUUUCGGGCCGACGCGCUUCAUCUGCACUUCGGUGCCGGUGGACGCCGACAUGUGCGCCGCGUCCGUGGCCGCCGGCGGCGCGGAGGAGCUCCGGAGCAACGUCCUGCAGCUCCGCGAGACUGUGCUGCAACAGAAGGAGACCAUCCUCAGCCAGAAGGAGACCAUCCGGGAGCUGACCACCAAGCUCGGCCGCUGCGAGAGCCAGAGCACGCUGGACGUGGGUCCGGGCGAGGCCAGGGCUGGCGGCGGCCGCAAGCAGCCGGGGUCGGGCAAGAACACGAUGGGCGACCUGUCCCGGACGCCCGCCGCCGAGACGCUCAGCCAACUCGGCCAAACUUUGCAGUCGCUCAAAACCCGCCUGGAGAACCUCGAGCAGUACAGCCGCCUCAAUUCCUCCAGCCAGACCAACAGCCUCAAGGAUCUGCUGCAGAGCAAGAUCGAUGACCUGGAGCGGCAGGUGCUGUCUCGGGUGAACACGCUGGAGGAGGGCAAGGGGGGCCCCAAGAACGACACGGAGGAGAGGGUCAAGAUCGAGAGCGCCUUGACCUCCCUGCACCAGAGGAUCAGCGAGCUGGAGAAAGGUCAGAAAGACAAUCGCCCUGGAGAUAAGUUUCAGCUGACUUUCCCACUACGAACCAACUACAUGUAUGCCAAGGUGAGGAAGAGCCUGCCGGAGAUGUAUGCCUUCACUGUGUGCAUGUGGCUCAAGUCCAGCGCAGCGCCCGGUGUGGGCACACCCUUCUCUUAUGCUGUGCCUGGCCAGGCUAACGAGCUGGUCCUCAUCGAGUGGGGCAACAACCCCAUGGAGAUCCUCAUCAACGACAAGGUGGCCAAGCUGCCCUUUGUAAUCAACGAUGGCAAGUGGCAUCAUAUCUGCGUCACCUGGACCACCCGGGAUGGGGUCUGGGAGGCCUACCAAGAUGGCACCCAGGGCGGCAAUGGCGAGAACCUGGCUCCCUAUCACCCCAUCAAGCCUCAGGGUGUGCUGGUGCUGGGUCAGGAGCAGGACACUCUAGGUGGCGGGUUUGAUGCCACCCAAGCGUUUGUGGGUGAGCUGGCCCAUUUCAACAUCUGGGACCGCAAGCUGACCCCUGGGGAGGUGUACAACCUGGCCACCUGCAGCACCAAGGCCCUCUCCGGCAAUGUCAUCGCCUGGGCUGAGUCUCAGAUUGAGAUCUUCGGUGGAGCCACCAAGUGGACAUUCGAGGCCUGUCGCCAGAUCAACUGAAGGCUUCAGGCGAGGGCUGAGCCCCCAGCCUCUCACCUGCCCACCCUGCUUGUGCGGUGAUGACCCAUCGUCUCUUCUGCCCCCUCCCCAGGAAUGACUCAAGGCCAUGGCCCCUGCACACGCACACGCACACAGCCUGGUUUGUCCUCCUUGUGCACACGAAUCAGUCCUGGCUCUCCUCUGGCCCUGAGGACACCCACUUCUCCCUAGGAGCCCGACUGUUUCCCAGGCAUGCCCAGCUAAAGCAGGCAACAUCAGCUUUGACAAUGCAGAAUUAGGUGAGAGAGCGUGUGUGUGCAUGCAUAUGUCUGGGGGAGGCUAUUCUUUCAGAAUGUAGUCUUUCAUUCCAUCCUCGUGGUUUUGGGAAAUCUCACGAUGGGUCAGAAGUCUGUCUUUGCCCACCUGGUCGGCUGCCUGCAGUCUUGGGUCUGGUGCAGCUUUGGCACGUGAGUUUAUCUUCAUUUGUAGACCUCUUUGAGAGUGACACAGCUCUCAGUUGACGUGGUAUCUUCUAGUGAUUUGUUCAGGCUGGGGCACCUUUCCUCAGAGAAUUUUUACCUGGGGUGACAAGUGGAUCCUCUGAAGGUGGAAGGCCCACUGUGCUGGGUUGGCACCACCCAGUCCCACCAGGAUGGCCGCUCUCUGCAUCUGAAGGCAGAGUGAGCUCUGUCCCAGGACUGCACCCCACUCAGCCUUCUGCCUCCUUGUAUCCCAUGAGGCUAGGGCCUGUUGCUCCCUUUCAGUCUCCAGAGCUGUGCUGUAUCAGCUCAGUGGCUCUGAGAGAGGAGUGUCCCACCACAGUCCCACCCUCCUUCCCUCUGGACAUGAGAGACCAGAAGUUUCAAAUGGGGAUCUCAUGUACUUGAUUGACAUCAGCCCCAGAGGGCACUGAGACUUGACCCACAGUCCAUGGGAACAUCCUCCCUUGGCACUUUUCACAGCCAUACCCCUCCCAGCACACCCAAGCCCAGGUGAGCUGGCUCAGACCCCUCCCAGGGGCCAGGGCCUCAGAGACCUCUCAUGUGGAGCCUACUGGCCAGGGUGGGGCCUGCCACCUGCUCCUGCAUUUCAUGGGGCACAAACCCCUCAGUAGCCCCAAUCUUCUGCUGGCCUGUGACACUGAGCCUGACUCAUGUCCAGACCUGUGACUUUUCCUUAUGGAAAGCAGCAUGAAGGCCCUUCUGCGCCUUCUGGGAGUGUGUGUGCAAAGUGUGUGUGUGUGGUGUGUGUGGUGUGCAGGUGUGCACAUGUGUGUUGAAUGACAGAGUGCUCAGGAGGCUGUGUCCAGGGUUGAGUGAACCCCUGCUUUGUCCUACAUCUGGUGGGCAUCCCCCCUGCCCAGGACACCUGGACUUUGUCUCCGGUAGCCUGACUAGCAAAAGGCUGGCAAGUCUUUCUAGAAACCUACGCACUGCCUGGCCCGUCUGCAGUUGCAGACACUUCCUUAACAGGAGCAGGUCGUGCACCUGCUGUUCCUUCCAGGGGUACCUGUCUCCUUCCACACAGGUCUGUGUUGUGUCUGAACCUAGUGCAUCUGUUGUGUCUGUGUAGUGUCUUUGUGUCACCGUUCUCGUGGGUGUCUGCACGGUUCCCGGUCGCCGUUCUGUGGCGCAUCGCUCUCACAGAGGGUGCGGAUCAGGCGGCAUGCCGCAUGUUGUCGUCUAGCAGUGGCUUUUUCUUAGAUAAUUGUGCUUCCUCAGUGCCCGUUGGGUUGUGGCAUCCUUGGAUCUGCGGGGAUCUCCUGUUUGCAUGUUCCUCGGGGUGGUGUGUUCCUUGCUCCUUUGGUCCUAUGCGUGUUCCCUUGCCUGCAUGGACUUCUCCGGUUCUGUGUUGUGUGCUGAGUGCUGCCCAGUGUUCUGUGAUCACCCAUGUAGCUACCGUAAAACGGCUGGGUAAACAAACCAGGGGUGUCUGGGAGGUCAAGAGAGAGAUCAGAGUCCCUCUCUCCUCCCUCUCCCCAGACACACCAGGAAGUAUCUCUAACAUGUAGAUUGAGCACAAGCCUGAAUGGUCCCCAUGGUUGGGAGAGAGAGCACGAGCUUGGAUCACCUUUCCAGACCAGAUCGAGCCCCACCCUCACUCUAGCCGUCUGGGAGCCACCAUCAGGCAAAGCCCAGAGCCGGCUGUGCCCGGUGCACUCCUGCCAGCCCCUGCCACCAGCCCCAGCCCCUGCCAAUGCGGACCCCAGACCACCUGCACCCAGAUAGGUGAGGUGGGAGCUGUCCGUUCAGGACCACAAGCCAUCCUCUGCCCUGGCUAGAGGGCAGAGCACACCCUAGUGCUUAUGCCUCUGCCCUUCUGCCUAUCGGCCCCUCCUCCCUUCUCCUCUCCCCUGUCGCACCCAUGGUGCCAGGGACAGAAGCUUACACCUAGCUCCCGCCCCACCCCUAACUGGAGUCCGUGCCAAGCCCCUCCCCUCCUUCACUGUGUUCACACUUGGCACUUUGCUGGCCUCAAGAAAGGUAGAUGACAGCCACAAAUCUAAUCCACAUAGUUUCCAUCGACUCCGUAAUCUGAUUGAUGUUCCCCUUGCACUGAAUAAUACAUGCCUCUCUCAGGUAAGCCAUUUUAUAAAACCAGAAGGUAAAACACACUGUCCAGACAGUGUUUGCUUUUGCUGAUGGUGUCGGACAGCACCCUGGGCGUCGGGGUGGGAGAGCUGCCACGGAGGCUCCCCGGGCCUUGGGGGGCUGAGAUCCCACUUGAAUAAGCCUUCUUGCUUUUGAUAACACAGUAUUAUUUCUCUUACUGUAGAAGAAAAAGUUUAUUACCAAACAAGAGUAUUUUUAUGAAUGAAUAGGACAAACCUAUAAAUUAUCUCAACCUAUAUCUCCCUCGAAGAUACUUUCAGGCUCCGCCAAAAUGUAGGACUGAAAGCAUGUAUUUUGGAAGAAAGAGAUACAUUUUGUAUGCUUUCUUUUCCUUUUGUAGAUUUCCAGUUUAUUUUCUAAGACUGCAAAGAUCACUUUGUCACCAGCCCUGGGACCUGAGACAAGGGGGUGUCUUGUGGGCAGUGAGGGGGAAGGAGAGGCUGGCCUGAGGUUCAUAGCCAUCCCAAUGAGCUCCAGUGAGGGGCCACCAGUUCUCAAAGGUGUGUUGGGGACUAGGAGAUCAAAAAAGGCUUUUGAUGGUGGGCUCUGUCCUGGAGCUGACUGGUUAAGUGGAAUGAGUUGAGGAUUUGAAUUCCAGUUCCAACCUUGCUGGAAGAAACUAGAGUUCUUAUGGUCAGCAUCAGGGGCCUAGAACCCUUAGGAAUCCAAGUGUGGCUUGAAGCAGUCGUGACUUCAUCUCUUAAAACACAGCGUGCAAAUUUACUCAGCUACUGACGGGAAAUGUAUUGCUUCUGUGCGCAGUGGACUUAACGUGCAAUUUGUUAAAAGGGAACAAGUCAUUGAGAAACAAAAGCCCAAUACUUAGAGUCCCAAUUUUGUCUUAUUUGCCAAAAAAAGCAACCCCCCAGAGUUGAUAUUGUUACAAUGUACAUACUGUAAAAUAGGAGAGAAUUGAUGUAUCUUACUUUUUCAUUAUUUGCUAACCAAAGCUGUACAUUUUUCAUACAAUCUGCAGCCUUUUGGGUAUCAAAGGGGUUAAAAAAAAUCCCCUCCCAUCAGCCAUUCUGGAAAUGCUCUAUUUCUACUGGUAUUCUUGCUUUCUUUCUUUUUUUCCCAUUUUCUUGCUGAGAUGACAUGAAUUGUUGAGUUUAUUUUUACACAGUAAAGAGUGAAGAAAGAC